GUGCGCCCAGGUCACACCCACGCCCGCGCGCUCAGCGCAGCCGGGACGCGCGAUGGACCCGAAGGCAAGCGGCGGCGAGGAGGAUGACUGCGUGGACUCGGGCGCCGAGACCGGAGGGUCCGACUACAGCCACCUGUCCUCCACUAGCAGUGAGCUUUCUGUGGAAGAAGCACAGGACCCUUUCCUGGUUAGCAUCCACAUCAUCGCCGACCCAGGGGAGUCCCAGCCGCUGCAGGAGGCCAUCGACAAAGUCUUAGCGUGGAUUCACCCAGACCUCCCAUUGUUCCGCGUGUCAGAGCGGCGGGCUUGCAGGCGGCGGCGGAAGCCCCCCAAGGGCGCGCAGCCUGCGUUGGCGGUGGUGCUGUUCCUGCAGGAGGAGUACGGCGAGGAGCAGAUCCUGCAGCUGCACCGCACGCUGCAGAGGCUGCCCUGGCGCCACCACCACACCGAGCGUGUGCACGGCCGCUUCCUGCCCUACCUGCCCUGCAGUCAGGACUUCUUCACGCUGGCCCCGGGGACCCCGCUGUGGGCCAUCCGGCCUGUGCACUACGGCAAGGAAAUCGUGCGCUUCACCAUCUACUGUCGGCACGAUAACUAUGCGGACAGCCUCAGGUUCUAUGAGCUGAUUCUGCGGCGGAGUCCCAACCAGAGGAAGACAGACUUCUGCAUCUUCCCCAUUUUCUCCAAUCUGGAUGUGGACAUCCAGUUCUCCCUGAAAAGACUGCCCAGUGACCAGAGUCCAGUGCCCUCCGACUCCUCCGUGCUGGAGUUCAGAGUCAAGGACAUCGGCGAGCUCGUCCCUCUCUUGCCUAACCCCUGCAGUCCUAUCAGCGAGGGGCGCUGGCAGACUGAGGACCACGACGGGAACAAGAUCCUGCUGCAGGCACAAAGGGUACACAAGAAGUUUCCUAAACCCAGCAGAGUGCACCACUCCUCUGAGAAGAAGCGUCAUUCUGUUCCUUCACCAAGCGCCACUGCACCAAGCUAUUUAUCUGGCAGCAGCCAGCAGCCCCUGCUCAACAGUCCACACCCAGGGUCCAGCAAGGCGGGUCUGCCUACUGGGCACCAGGAGGAAUUUGCCAGGCGAACCAGUAGUGCCCCUAGCCCUCCCUGCUCUUUCCAGAGAAGCAAGUCCUUGUUUUGUUUGCCCACAGGAGGCCCCUCUCCAGCCGCCUCAGCUGAACCACAGUGGUUUUCAAACACAGGGCAUAGGGUAUCAGAGUGGAGGCAUGGCCACCUCCUCUCCAUUGAUGACUUAGAGGGGGCCCAGGAGACGGACGUGGAUACGGGCUUGCGUCUGUCCUCCUCGGACCUGUCUGUGGUCUCUGCAUAUUCAGCACCCAGUAGAUUCUGCAGCACACUGGAAACAUCCCUCCCCUCUGAAGGAUGCAGCAGCCACUGGCCAACACGCAAGGAUUCCAGAGAAGGACCACUGCCCACUGUCAGUGAGGGCCCCACAGAGACCUCCUGGACUUCCCUCCCCUUCUUCACCAAAGGGUCUUCCUGCUCCUCAGCCACAACUGUAACUGCUCCCCCAGCUUCCAAUGCCUCUUUGCUCACAGCAUCGUCCCCAAAGCUCCCUCCCAAUGCUCCCCAAAUCAAGCAGACUGGUAGAGAUGCACCACCAUCUGUGACAUUGGCUGGUCCUGGGGAUAAUGACGUGGAGGAGUUCUACAUCUGAACACCCUCUGCUCUUGUUUCCUACACGCACAAACCAAGACACGCAAACUCGGUUCCCACUGCCCCUGUGAUGUCUGAACGUGCCUGUGUUCUCAAUACUGCUCCCCAGGUCUGUCUGGAAUUUACAAUCAUGCCUUGCUUAACCACAGGGAUCCGUUCUAACAGAGAAAUACAUUGUUAAGCAAUUUCAUUGUUAAACACCAUAGAGUGUACUUACACAAACCUGGAUGCUAUAGCCUACUUCACACUGGGGUUUUGUGCUAUAAUCUUAGGGGAUCGCCAUCAGACAUGCAGUCCGCUGUUAGCAGAAGCAUUGUUAGGCAGCGCAUGGCUAUAUCUGUUUCACAGGGAUCAUUAGCACAGUGGCUUACCACCUUCCCCUCUUUGUAGCCGAGAGGUGGUACAUUUCUAGGAACUUGAUGGAAAAAUACUGGCAUUUUUAUGCAAAUAAAUUCUCAAACUUAAAUUGCAAAAUAUAUUUUUUGAAUACUCAACAUUUGAGAUACAGUUUAGUGCGCUUGCACAAUUUAAAUCCUUCAUGUAAUUAUUUGAAAUGAAACACGAACCUAGUCAGCCAAAGCUGAUUGGGCCAUUUUUAUGCUGUGAAGGAAAAACAGUUAAAGUCAAAAUGUUGAAUGUGGGAAAAUUACUAAGUGCUGGUAUGAGAGAGGAGUGCACGGUGACAUAAUGCUCACUUACAGUUCCUCAUACAUACUGACACUAGUGACCCUGGGAAUGCUCAAGUCCUGCUUGCAGUGGAAGAAGGCAGCUUGACAAGAUGGUGUAAACAUGUAUCAGACUACGCAGUACCUCACUUUGAAGCCAUGCAACAUCAGAAAAUCUGGAUUUACACAAAAAUGGCUGAUGUGCUUCAUAAAGAUUUAGCAUGAAUAACAAACUCUUGCUGCAUUUAAAAAAUGACUUGAGUUCCAAAAACUAGAUUUGCAUACAUAUUUUCAAUAGCACAUCCUCUGUAAUAAAUGAAGGGCUACAGAAGACCACUCCAUUAUCUGGAUUGACUUGGAUCACUGAGGAAGAAACCAUUUCUUGGAAGAACAGAAUAAUAGGAUGUUAAACAUAUGAAUAGGGGGCCAGCCAGUGGCAUGGCCAUUAGGAUGGAUGGAUCCC